CAUGCAGCUGGUGGUGUUAUGGGUGGAGGUGGGAGGAGCCAAGUAAUCAUAACAGCAGAUCCACAAACGGUGUGCAGAGACCCCGCUGCACUGCGCAGUAAGGUCAGAGGAGCGCUUGAUUUAGCUCUCCCAGGCGUGUGUUUGUUUUCUCCCCACUCGACCCCCUCAGCUCGCUUGUCCUCUAGGCUGCAUGUUUCAAACUCCCCCCCCUGUCAGGUUAUUCGUAUGGCCGGAGCUUGUUGCAAGUGUCCAGUCUCGUUGUCCGUGCUCAAGCGCUCUCUCUCGGUUGCACCGCGGGGCUGUGGGUCCGCUCCUCGGUCCCUCCCUCUGGGCUGGAGGUUAGGUGAGCGGGGCCUGCAGGAGGCCGCCCGACCCUCCAGCGCCCUCAGACCUGCAGGGUUUUACCGACACACUGGCUUCCUCUGUCUCCCCUACCAGGAGUCCAUGAGCGAGAGUCUGCGGACCUGCUACCUGUACCUGAACCAGACCAGCCGGAGCUUUGCAGCUGUGAUCCAGGCGCUGGACGGGGAGUUGAGACAUGCAGUCUGUAUUUUCUACCUGGUGCUGCGAGCGCUGGACACAGUGGAGGACGACAUGACCAUCCCUCUGGACAAGAAGGUUCCCAUGCUGAAUGACUUUCACACCUUCUUGUACCAGGAUGAGUGGUGCUUCACAGAGAGCCAGGAGAAAGACCGACAGGUUCUGGCUGAUUUUCCCACGAUAUCACUGGAAUUCAGAAACCUCGCUCAAGAAUACAGAGAUGUCAUCUCAGAUAUCUGCCACCGUAUGGGAGAAGGAAUGGCCGAAUUCCUGGAAAAGAAAGUGGGAUCCAUGAAGGAGUGGGACCUGUAUUGCCAUUACGUGGCCGGGCUGGUCGGCAUCGGUUUGUCUCAGCUGUUCUCUGCGUCCCAGCUGGAGGACGCCGAGGUCGGGCGUGACACCGAGCUGGCCAACUCCAUGGGCCUGUUCCUCCAGAAGACAAACAUCAUCCGGGACUAUCUAGAGGACACGCAACAGGGACGUGCCUUCUGGCCACAAGAGGCUUGGAGUCAGUUUGCAGGUCGCCUGGAGGACUUGGCCCAGCCGGAGAAGCUAGAGUCGGCUCUCUCCUGCCUCAACCUGCUGAUCACUGAUGCUCUGCGACACGUUCCGGAUGUCAUCGCCUACCUGUCCCGCCUGCGCAACCAGAGCGUCUUCAAUUUCUGUGCCAUUCCACAGGUGAUGGCAAUAGCUACACUGUCGUCAUGCUACAACAACCCCAAGGUGUUCCAGGGAGUGGUGAAGAUCAGAAAGGGACAGGCUGUCACACUCAUGAUGGAAGCCACCAACAUGACGGCCGUGCAGACCAUCAUCUCCCAGUACAGCCAUGAGAUCUUAAAGAAGGUCUCUCACACGGACCCGACGCGGGACAAAACCCUGCACAUCCUGGCUCUGAUCGAAGAGAAGUCCGCCCUGUUGCAGUCCAGCCUCCCCUCCAGGACCCACCACCUGUCGCCCAUGUACCUGUCCGCCGCCAUGCUGCUCGCCGCCCUCAGCUGGCAGUACCUCAGCACCACUGCAGCACAGGCACAAGGCACGGGGGACAUGCAGGGACAGUGAACCCACUCGCC